GACAGCAAAUUUGUGCAGUGCGUAAAGAACCUAGCACAAUUAACUUGAUCGAAAUGACUGCCUUUAAUCAGGAUCAUCCCUUCGUGCUUCUAUUAGUCGUUGCCCUCGUGGGAAGCAGUUGUAUUUUGGAAUUUUCCGAUGCCCAGACCUUCACUGCCGAGGAUCGUAGCUCUAUACAGAAAUUCAUGGAUUCUUUGUUGAAUUUCCUGGAACUGGAAAUAAGUAAUAUAACUAUCACAUUGCCACCGAAUUCAAAUACCACUACCUUGGUGACCACUUCUUCGGAACCUGGAACUUCCACAGAAGUGACAACAGAAGCUUUGAAAACAUCCACUAAUUCCACCACGCCCAGUUUGCUUUCUACAACGAAGGAUAGCGAAAAUACUACCGCAUCCACAACCACCGAAGCAAAUCCAACUACUAUGAGGCGCAGGAUUUGUUUCAAGCGUUUCUGUUACAAGUUUAGCAACGACAAGGGCUACAUAGUAUAGAUGGAAUAAACUAAUGGUAUACAUAA